UUUAAGAACUUUGGAAUAUCCGAAUAUGAUUUGUCAUAGGCCUAACACAACCAAGACAAGAGUGACAGGAACCUGCCGAAUUUCCUUUGCUCAACAAGUAAGGCUCAGCACAAGUAUACUGUAACUAGGCGGUGAGGAUGGCUGAUUACGAUGAUGUAGAUGGACAAAUGUUCUCUAGACUCCAAUCUGUGGACGACACUGUAAGCAACAAGACUAAACAAAAAAAUUCUCCUGGACAAACUGUGACAGAAAUCAGAGGAGAGUUGAGAAAAACGAACUCAAAGCCAAAUACUCUGGAACGAAAUGCAAAUCAAAAUGGGGAUAACCACUUGUCGUCUACUGGGUCCUCUUCCUGUGAAGAAUCUGAGGCUGACCGUGUAGCGUUUGAUCGGCAUGAAUCUGAAACACCUGAGGAGAUGUUUCCUUCGAGGAGCUUUAAUUCCUCCCGGAAUACUUUGACAAACAGUGACAUUGUUAACUUUGACUCAUGUGAUACAGAAGAAAAAAAUCAAGAUGACAAUAUUAAUCAUGAAAAAAAGGACGAAUCAAACAUCCCGCUUACAGAGGCAACGAUUGCUGAAGACGUAAGAUCCACAGGCUGCUGGAAACACAAGUAUUUUAAAUGCAUCAGGAAAUUAUUGCUGCCACUAGUUGGGCUGGCUUUGUAUGGAUACGACAUUUACACAGAUAUUGCUCUGGCCAUGAAAUACUACAGUGAUGAUAGAACAUUGGCUCAGUUCACAUUCACAAUUAUAUUCUUGUGUGUACCUGCAAUCUUAAUCAUGCUAGUGGACAUCUCAUGGCAUAUCAUAGACAGUAGAGCUAAAGCCAAAGGUGUGGAUGAGAGGAAAAGUCAAGAGCCUAAAAAUGAUGUAGAAAUGGAAGUAAAGUUUAGCAAUGCUAGCAAUGUUUCAAACAAUUGCUAUCAAAAAAAGCUUGUAGAAAACUCAACCACUUUAGACACCGUCGAUGCAGUUUGUGAUUCAAGUGAUGGCAAGGAAAUGGAUCAUUUAGAUUUGAAAUUGCUGUCAAGACCUGUAUGGUGGGCAAGAACUGUUGGCAGCAUCUUUACUCUGGGAGUGUUAGGCCUGAUCUGCCGGACACUGCAGUAUACUUAUUACUUCAUGAAAGCAUCACUUACUUCAUCGAAAGAUAGGCAUGAUUUCUACAAACGCAAAGCACGCCAGCUCCAGAGAGACUGUUACAUGUUCAACUUCAUAGAGGUGUUUUUGGAGUCUGCCCCACAGUUGGCCUUACAGUUGUAUAUCACUUUUGCUUUUGACAAGCCGUUUUCCCAUGAGAGACUACGCAGUAUGAUCCUAUCUACAGCAAGUAUCACGUGGAAUUAUUCUGCUUAUUAUCGAUGCAACAGAGCCAAUGCAGCCAAAAAACAGGAUAUCAACUUUAAAUCAUUUGUAAUCUUUCUAUUGUCAACGCUUUCUUGUAUUGUACCACGUUUUGUCUGUGUUAUGCUUUUCUAUGCGUUCUUUAAGUCUAACCUCUUUUUCAUCAUACCGGUAAGCAUCGUGUUUGUUGUUCAUUUAAUUUUGGUUUUCAUUUGGAUUGUUAAGAUUAAUCCAAAACUUAAAGGAACUGUUGUUUCAAAGAUAUACAAGUACUUUUAUUAUGGAUUUUUCUCGUAUGUUCAAUUUUUUCUCUUUCUUAAUCUGCAGGGGUCAAACACUAAGAAAUCAAUUCUGUUAUUGUAUUCCAUUAUCUACUCAGAGAACCUUGUGUUAGCUGUCUUAAGUUUUUUAAGAAUGCGUGAGUUAGGGAAAAGUGAAGAUGCUUUCAUCCUGCUCUGUCUUCCAGUGGGAUUUUGUGUGCAUGUCGUCUGUUUGAUGAUAUUUUAUGGACUUUGUCAUCCCAAAACUGGGAAAUGCAAAGAUGGAUGUUUUUAAAAGUUAAUCUGAGGUAUAUUUAAUUUUAUUGAUGUUUGCUGUGUUACUUCAAAGUAUAUGCAGUUUUAAGGGUUGGGGCAUUAAUAGUAAUUGUAUAUCUGAAUGUAUAUCUUAAUCUAAAGGAAUGGAAGAGAUGAACUUCAAAGAUAUUUUACUUAAAAUGUAAAAAAAAUGAUGAAUGUAACAUAAACUUACCAACUUUCUUGUGGUAAUUUCUUGGAAGUUCUUAAAAUUAUUAUUGAACCGGGAUUUUCUUGAUAUGCAGUUUUGCGAGUACCUAUUAAAAUAUGAACAAUUGCAAACUGUAGGUUUGAUUUCUGUAUGAUAUUAAAUUUCUUGCAUGCAAUUUGAUCUUGGAGUUGUCUAUCACAUUUGCAUCAAAAUCAAAUGACCAAAUUAUAUGGAAUUGGGCAUUAGACUUAAAAAAUGUUAAAAAGAACACUGUGUAGAAGGAGAAGCUAAACUCGUCUUGAUAUUUACUUUAAUUUUACAUACUUAAUUUCCUACUUCAACUAUGUUGUAAUAGUUUAUUCAGCAAACAGGAUCAAGAGUUCUUAUCUUUACAUGAAAACAAAAACUUUUUCUUUGUAAAGCAGUUGUAAAGUAGAUCUGGAAACCAAUGUUUACAUAAUAAAAAAUAAUCAGGCGAAAGCCUAUCAUUUGUUAAUUCUGAUUCACAUUAUUUUACAAAAUGAUUUUGUUGACCAGUAAAAAUUGAUACUUUGGAUGUUUUUAUUUUUUUAUUACCAGUAGUAUAUUUUUGCUGAAUUGAAACUCAUAUAGAUUAUUGCGCUCAGGAUAUUAAAUUGUUAAAAUUGUUGACUGGGUAAUUUAAAAUUGAUAAUUGUUGUUUUGGUCAAAAGACCCAACAUGUAUUGUUUAAGAAUAUUAUGUACAAUGUAACCUCAUAUGGCAGGACAUGAAGAUAAAAGGUAUGUCUAAACAUUUCGAGUAAGUUGUUGCUGUUAGCCUUAAAAGGAUAUUCAAUAAUUAUAUACAGUCAAAAAUGUGCAGUGAAUAUAUAGUUAGGCAGUAAGCUCAUCAAAAUAAUAAAGAGAUUAUUCUGUUUCGUAUGUUUUUAUUGAUUGCAUCUUUUCAAUAAUAUAUACAAAAUGUCUAUAAUAUGUUUGUAGUAAAACAAUGUCGGAAUAAAAUGAAAAUCAUAAGCCAAAUUGUUUAAAAAUACUGUCUUUUGAUAUCAUUUUGUUUGAAGUAACUGACCAUCUAGUAAAAUAUAUUAAAAUAUUACAUAUUUAUAUACAUGUAUAAUCUUGUGUUUGAUUGCUUGAGUACAACAUGAUGAUCAACUUGUGAUCCUGUGCUUUGAACUUUGAAGUGAUGCCAAAUAGAGUUGUUAUUAGCGAUGCCAAAUAGUUGUUAUUAGCGAUGCCAAAUAGUUGUUAUUAGCAAAGUGUUUAUGUCACAAUAUAGUGGAUCUGAAUUGCAUGCUAUACUUAUUAAUAGAAUUUCGCCCACGGGUAUCAAAUACUGUUAACAAUAAGGUUUUAAUAUGGACAAAUGUGCAAUUGUACAGCUUAACCAUUUAUAUAUGAUAAUAUUGUGCCUUAUGAGCUACUGUAUGUAUGAGUAUGAGCAUAAUUGUUUAUGCUUUAAACUAGCUAGAUUUUGUUAUAAAUCAUUUUUGCGCCAGUUUUGUGUAUUUGAUUCUGUCUUUUUCAAUUUAUUACUGAAUUGAAAUAUGUGUUUUGUUGUUCAAAAGUUAUUUUCAUUUUCUGUCACAAUUUUAGUGCUUUAAGGAAUGAAGUGCCUGCAUUGAAUUGUAUGACGUCAUUUACUGUCUUCCAGAUCGUAUUUUGUCUUUAACAAUAUUUUGUAAAGAGCCUAAUGUUAUUAAAUGUUAACAAUGUCAGGUUUUAAGGUCACGUAAUGUUUUCAUGUUAUCUUACAAAGCACGGUCUUUGUUUUUCUAGUCUUCACGUGAGCGUUUCCGGUAAGAUUUUUGUAAUGAACGUUUGACUGUCGUUCUUGGUUCGCCAUGCUUAAUUCCUCGUCAACAUGUACCGUGUUAGCACUGUAGCCCUUAUUUAAGGCCCAAUGUUCACCAAACUUGGUCAUUCAAUGUGUACCGAUAUAUCGGUCGAGUUUCAAAGUGGGUCAGGUAAAAUGAAUCAUCAUGAAAAUCGCUCAGACCAUAGGUUUUGAUGAUAUCUCAGUUGAGUUUGCAAUUGUUCUUGUCUGUUAAAAAAAGCAUGGGCGCCAUUGACGGGCAGUUGUCCGUAUAUGUCUAUAGUUAAACAUUAUUAAUGGUCUAAAACUCAGUUUUUACCCUAUUUUCGCGAAACGUUUCCAGACAAUUUAUUGAAUGAUUUCUAGACCGAGUAUGAAAAUGUUUCCGUUCCAUUGAAAAACAUGACUGCCAGGUCAAAAGGGUGAAUUUUAAUGUGAAUCUUGUGAAAAAAAGGCUUGUUAAGACCUAUAAAGUUCACACUUUGCUAUGGGUUUUUCUCAUACAUUCAAUUUUUCCUCUAUGAAUCUGCGGUGGUCAAACAUUAAGAAAUCAAUGAUAUGUUUGUAUGUCUUCAUCUACUCAGAGAAUCUUGUACGUGUUAGCUGUCUUAAUUUUUUUAAGAAUGCGUGAGGUAGGGAAAAGUGAAGAUGCUUUGAUCCUGCUCUGUCUUCCAGUGGGAUUUUGUGUGCAUGUCGUCUGUUUGAUGAUAUUUUAUGGGCUUUGUCAUCCCAAAACUGGGAGAUGCAAAGAUACUGGGAGAUGCAAAGAUGGAUGUUUUUAAAAGUUAUGCUGAUGUAUUUGAAUUUUAUUGAUGUUGGCUGUGUAUUGUUACUUCAAAAUAUUUGCAGUUUUAAGGGUUGGGGCAUUUAUGGUAAUUGUAAAUCUGAAUACCGGUCCAUAUCUUAAUCUAAAGGAAUGGAAGAGAUGAAAUUCAAAGAUAUUUUACUUAAAAUGUAAAUAAAAUUUAAGAAUGUAGCAUAAACUUACCAACUUUCUUGUGGUAAUUUCUUGGAAGUUCUUAAAAUAAUUAUUGAACCAGGAUUUUCUUGAAAUGCAAUUUUUGUGAGUGCCUAUUAAAAUAUGAACAAUUGCAAACUGUAGGUUUGAUUACUGUAUGAUAUUAAAUUUCUUGCAUGCAAUUUGAUUUUGGAGUUGUCUUUCACAUUUGCAUCAAAAUCAAGUUACCAAAUUAUAUGGAAUUGGGCUUCAAAAAAUAUUAAAAAGAAUACCGUGUAGAAAGAGAAGCUAAACUCGUCUCGAUAUUUACUUUAAUUUUACGUCAUUUGCUACAUCAACUAUGAUGUAAUAGUUUAUUCAGUGAACAUGAUUAAGAGUUCUUAUCUUAUUAACAUGAAACACAAAGUCUUUUCUUUGUAAAGCAGGUGUUAAGUAGAUCUGGAAACCAAUGUUCACUACUAAAAUAAGAAAUAACCAGGUAAAAGCGUAUAGCAUUUGUUAAUUCUGAUUCACAUUUAUUUUACAAAAUGUUUUUGUUUACCAGCAAAAAUUGAAAAUUUGGAUGUUUUUACUUUUUAUAAUCAGACGUAUAUUUUUUGCUACUAAAUUUAAACUCAUACUGUAGUUUAUUGCGCUCAGGAUAUUAAUUGUUAAACAUAUUUUCUGGGUAAUUUAACAUUGAUAGUUGUUGUUUUUGGUCAUAAGAUCCAACAUGCAUUUUGUAAAAAUAUUAUGUACACGGUAUUCUCAUAUGGCAGUAAAUGAAGAUAAAAGGUAUGUCUAAACAUUUGGAGUAAGUUGUUGUUGUUAGCCUUAAAAGGAUUUUCAAUGAUUAUAUACAGUCAAAAAUGUGCAGUGAAUAUAUAGUUAGGCAGUAAGCUAAUUGAAAUAAUAAAGAGAUAAUUCUGUAUCAUAUGUUUUCAUUUAUUGAAUCUUUAAAGUCUCAUAUUAUACAAAAUGUCUAUUUUAAUAUGUUUGUAGUAAAACAAAUCUGGAAUAAAAUGGAAAUCAUAAGCCAAAAUUGUUUUAAAACACUGUCUUUUGAUUUAAGUUUGUUUGAAGUAACUGACCAUCUAGUAAAAUGUAUUAAUAAUAUUACAUUUUUAUAUACAUGUAUAAUAUUAUGUUUGACGGCUUGAGUACAAUAUGAUGAUCAACGUGUGGUCCUGUGAUUUUAACUUUGAAGUGAUGCCAAAUAGUUGUUACUUAUUGAUGCUCGAGUGGUCAUUGUCGGCUCGGGUACUACUUACAUGUACCCCGGGUACUCUUAAGUAUACUUACAUGUACCAAAGGUGCGGUAAAUAUACUUAAACGUACCCGGUCGAUUUUAGGCUGUACCCAAGUUGUAUUCCCGCCCAUAAUCCUAUGUCGUAAAACGCGCUACCGAUUACGGUUAAACGAUAUUGUUUAUAUGAGACAAACUUCUCUUUUAAAAAUACUGCAUCAACAUGCUUUUUGAGUAUGAGUUUGGAUAAUAUAGAGGCCAUUUAACAGAAAAUUUGACAAAAAUGUGAGCAUAAUUAAUUUCCAAAAAAAAAGCCGACAACAACCGAUUUAGUGUUAAAAUUCCCGGGUACGUUUUAGUAUAUUUACUGUACCCGGGGUACAUGUAAGUAUACUUUAUAGUACCCGGGGUACAUGUAAGUAGUACCCGACCCGACAAUGACCAAUCAAGCCUUAUUGAUUAGCAAAACGUUUAUGUCACAAUAUAGUGGAUCUGAAUUGCAUGCUAUACUUAUUAAUAGAAUUUCGCCCACUGGUAUCAAAUACUGUUAACAAUAAGGUUUUAAUAUGGACAAAUGUGCAAUUGUAUGGCUUUAACAAUUUAUAUAUUAUAAUAUUGUCACAAUAUUAUUGUGCCUUAUGAGCUACUGAAUGUAUGAUUUUUAGCAUAAUUGUUUAUGCUUUAAACUAGCUAGAUAUUGUUAUAAAUAAUGUUUGCGCCAGUUUUGUGUAUUUGAUUCUUUUAUUUUCAAUUUAUUACUGAUUUAAAAUAUGUGUUUUUGCUGUUCAAAAGUUAUUUUCAUUUUCUGUCACAAUUAUAGUGCUAUAAAGAAUGAAGUGACAGCCUUUAUUGAAUUGUGUGAUGUCAUAUACUGUCUUCCAGAACGUAUUUUGUCAUAAACAAUAUUUUGUUAAGUCUAUUGUUGUUAAAUGUUAACAAUGUAAGGUUUUAAGGUAACGUAAUGUUUUCAUGGUAUCUUACAAAGCACGGUCUUUGUUUUUUCUAGUCUUCACGUGAGCGUUUCCGGUAAGAUUUUUGUGGUGAACGUUUGUACGUCGUUCCUGGUCCGCCAUGCGUAAUUCGUCGUCAACAUGUACCGUGUUAGCACUGGAGGCCUUAUUUAUGGCCCAAUGUACACCAAAC